AGUAACGCAACUUAAAUUACAACAGUUUAGCUGUCUUGUUGCCCAGUGUAUGGUGCAGUAACAGAGAACUUCUAUUCUGGAAUGGAGAUCUGUGCAUCGAGCGCAUGGCCUACCAGGCCUACCAAGCUGACAGUAACAAUGACAAAAUUACUAACUCUGUUUGUCAGCUUUUGGCAACUGCCCUUUCUCCCGGGUCUGUCAAUCUCUACAGCAGGUGAUGUCGUGGCCGGUCGUCCCUUUACCCUACAGUGUAAGAUAACCAGGCCGACAGGUGACAGGUCUGUUGUCACCUGGACCCGUGAUGAUGGUCAGGCCUCAUACCGUAUAUACGCUACCCGUGAGUGUACAGCGUCAAUACAGCUAUCAUCACAAUCACCAGCUGGGCUAUCAGGGGGAUGUCAACACGUCAAUGGGGUAGAGGUUUACACAGUGACGAUAGAGAGCACCACAGAAGACACGGGCCGGGGAAGAUGGAGAUGUCAGUAUGCAGGCAGGAUUGUCAGUACUACUCUGGAUGUUCAAGUGCCCUCUGUCCCGGGUCUGUCAAUCUCUGCAGCAGGUGAUGUCGUGGCCGGACGUCCCUUUACCCUACAGUGUAAGAUAACCAGGCCGACAGGUGACAGGUCUGUUGUCACCUGGACCCGUGAUGAUGGUCAGGCCUCAUACCGUAUAUACGCCACCCGUGAGUGUACAGCGUCAAUACAGGUAUCACCAUCAUCACCAGCCGGGUUAUCAGGGGGAUGUCAACACGUCAACGGUGAAGAGGUUUACACAGUGACGAUAGAGAACGCCACAGAAGACACGGGCCGGGGGAUAUGGAGAUGUCAGUAUGUAGGCAGGAUUGUCAGUACUGCUCUGGAUGUUCAAGUGCCCUCUGUCCCGGGUCUGUCAAUCUCUGCAGCAGGUGAUGUCGUGGCCGGUCGUCCCUUUACCCUACAGUGUAAGAUAACCAGGCCGACAGGUGACAGGUCUGUUGUCACCUGGACCCGUGAUGAUGGUCAGGCCUCAUACCGUAUAUACGCCACACGUGAAUGUACACCAUCAAUACAGAUUUCCUCACAAUCACCAGCUGGGCUAUCAGGGGGAUGUCAACACGUCAACGGGGUAGAGGUUUACACAGUGACGAUACAGAACGUCACAGAAGACACGGGCCGGGGAAGAUGGAGAUGUCAGUUUGCACGGAGGAGUGUCAGUACUACUCUGGAUGUUCAAGUGCCCUCUGUCCCGGGUCUGUCAAUCUCUGCAGCAGGUGAUGUCGUGGCCGGUCGUCCCUUUACCCUACAGUGUAAGAUAACCAGGCCGACAGGUGACAGGUCUGUUGUCACCUGGACCCGUAAUGAUGGUCAGGCCUUAUACCGUAUAUACGCCGGCCGUGAGUGUACAGCGUCAAUACCGGUAUCACCAUCAUCACCAGCCGGGUUAUCAGGGGGAUGUCAACAGGUCAACGGUGAAGAGGUUUACACAGUGACGAUAGAGAACGCCACAGAAGACACGGGCCGGGGAAGAUGGAGAUGUCAGUAUGCAGGCAGGAUUGUCAGUACUGCUCUGGAUGUUCAAGUGCGCUCUGUCCCGGGUCUGUCAAUCUCUGCAGCAGGUGAUGUCGUGGCCGGUCGUCCCUUUACCCUACAGUGUAAGAUAACCAGGCCGACAGGUGACAGGUCUGUUGUCACCUGGACCCGUGAUGUUGGUCAGGCCUCAUACCGUAUAUACGCCACCCGUGAGUGUACAGCGUCAAUACCGGUAUCACCAUCAUCACCAGCCGGGUUAUCAGGGGGAUGUCAACACGUCAACGAGGAAGAGGUUUACACAGUGACGAUACGGAACGUCACAGGAGACACGGGCCGGGGAAGAUGGAUAUGUCAGUAUGGAGGCAGGUGUCAUAGCGUGGCAGUAUUCGUACCUGAUCUGAUUUAUUGAAGGUGGAUGUACCUGACAAACUCUUGAAGGUAUUAGUUCCCAUAUUCAGUGAAGGACAGAUCACGCACUUUUACCAGUUAUGAGCGCAAAUUCCCACUUAGCUGUUUCU